UCAAUUUGUUAUGGUGGCGGGGGGAGGGAGGAGGAGAAGUAGGAGGAGGAGUUCCCCCCCUGUGAGUGCCGAAGCCCUCUGCUCUGCAUUCCGGCGGAGCGCGCAGUUACACACCGGCCACAGCCGAGCCCCGGGCCGAAAGACUUGUUGUAUAAAGUCAAAUUGAAGACGGGAAGAAAAAUUUGCUCCGUGGGUUUUCCCUACAGUUUUUCCUCUCUAUUGUUGUUUCUUCGCUCUGGUUGUGGGAUGGUUUAUGUUUCUUCUGAGAGCCUUCUGAACUGUGAGAAAGUGGUUUGUGCCUACUUAAUUAAGAUGUCUUUGUCUCUGCAGGUACUAGCCUUAAACUAUCGCAACGCUGUAUCUCCAGACUGUUAAUACACCAUGGUGAUCAUGGCAGAGAACAGCCCUGUUCAGUCCAGCCCUGCCCAGGGAAGGCCUCUGCAGGUCGGCUUCUACGAGAUCAUCCGCACUCUGGGGAAGGGAAACUUUGCAGUGGUGAAACUGGCCAGACAUAAAGUCACCAAAACACAGGUGGCUAUUAAGAUCAUUGACAAGACCAGACUGAACCCCUCCAACCUGGAGAAGAUUUACAGAGAGGUGCAGAUUAUGAAGCUGCUAAACCACCCUCAUAUCAUCAAACUCUACCAGGUCAUGGAAACCAAAGACAUGCUGUACAUUGUGACAGAGUAUGCAAAGAACGGAGAAAUGUUUGACCACCUGACCUCAAAUGGCCGUAUGAGUGAAGAUGAGGCACGAAAGAAGUUUUGGCAGAUUCUUACAGCCGUGGACUACUGCCACCAACACCACAUCGUUCACCGUGACCUAAAAACCGAGAAUCUGUUGCUGGAUGCCAGUAUGAACAUCAAACUGGCUGACUUUGGAUUUGGAAACUUUUACAAUGCAGGGGAGCCUCUGUCUACAUGGUGUGGUAGCCUGCCUUAUGCUGCCCCGGAAGUGUUUGAAGGGAAAGAGUAUGAAGGGCCUCAGCUGGACAUCUGGAGCCUUGGUGUGGUGCUUUAUGUUCUUGUCUGCGGCUCUCUUCCAUUUGAUGGAUCCAGCCUUCCUACGCUCAGACAGAGAGUCACAGAGGGAAGAUUCAGAAUCCCUUUCUUUAUGUCUCAAGACUGUGAAAACCUGAUCCGUAAGAUGCUGGUGGUGGACCCAGCCAGGAGGAUCAGCAUGGCCCAGAUCAAACAGCAUCGCUGGAUGCUGGCAGACCCAACAGCUGCCCACCAGACCCUUAGCCAUUCCCUGACAGAGUACAACUCCAACCUGGGGGACUACAGCGAACCAGUGCUGGGCAUCAUGAACACACUGGGAAUCGACCGCCAGAAGACUAUCGAGUCUCUGCAGAGCAGCAGCUACAAUCACUUCUCUGCUAUCUACUACCUGCUACUGGAGAGAGUGAGAGAGCAUCGCACCCAGCAGCUGAGCCGCCAGUGUGGGACCUGGAGCCAAAGACCCAGAAGCACCUCCGACUCCUCCGGCCCAGAGGUGAUCAUGGAAUCCACCAACAGUUUUAGAACUACAGCUUUUUCAAUGCCAGCCAAAAAAAAUCCUCCAUUGUACCCAGAGAUGGAGUAUGACCAAGGUGGAUUAUUCCAGCGUGUAGUGUUUCCAGUGGAAGCCAGCCUUAACAGACUGCUCUGGAACCGCUCCAUUUCACCCACGAGCCUGCUGGAGACGAGCAUCAGCGAAGAGGUACGACCCAGAGACCUGGAGGUAGAGGAGGCAACACAAACUCUCGGGCCUCUGUUCCCUCACACCACCACGUCCCGCAGACACACUCUGGCAGAGGUGUCGGCCCGUUUCCACCAGUGCAACCCUCCAUGUAUUGUGGUCAAUCCCUCAGAUGGUGCCUCCUCUGACAGCUGUCUGAAGUCCUCAUCCAGUCCAGCCCCCACCCUGCAGGCUGCUAUAGGUGAGAUGUCAACACUUUUGGCCUCUGAAAGUGCAACUCUGCUGCCUGCUGGAGCUCCCCAGACCUUCUCCUCCCACCUCCUGCCCCAGGCUCAGGGCAGCCUGCCUUCUGCUAGCUUCCAGGAGGGUCGCAGGGCCUCUGACACCUCCCUCACACAAGGCCUCAAAGCUUUCCGCCAGCAGCUGAGGAAAAACACACGGACUAAAGGGCUUCUGGGAUUAAAUAAGAUCAAGGGUCUGACGAGGCAGGUUGUUGUUCCCCCCUCUUGUAACCGCGGCAGCCGAGGGUCACUGAGUCCAGCUCUUUCUGAGCACCGCAGCAUGCUGGAGGAGGUGCUGCACCAGCAAAGAAUGCUACAGAUCCAGCACCAACCCCAGCCUCAGGUCCAAGUCGCUCAGACAGGACCUGCCCAGAAUCCCCUGCUCUUUCUGGCCCAGCCGCAGUCACCCUCUCCUCCGCCUACUACAGUGUUUGCUUCCUCUUUCAUGUUUGACACCCCCGCCCCCUCCACCCUGCCUCCUCAGCAAGCUUCAGUUGGUCUACAGCACGGCCCCUGGAAACAAACUAUCGAGACUUCCUCCUCGGGCUGUUCCUCAUCCUUCUCAUCCUGCAACUCUUCUUCUCUGUCCCCUGUGGCCUCCGCUGCUUACCUUCUCGAGGCUCGUCUGCACAUUAGCCCACAAACUCACCCUCACCCCUACAUCGGCUUCCAACAGCACCCCAGUUUGCGAAAUAAUGGCACUCUCCCCAUCAUAUCUCAACCAGUGGUGUGGAGCAUGGGCUUGGCCUUCAGCACAGACCCUGACAUGCAGGAGUUGGGUCUGGCUGCACAGCAGCAGCUCAUUAGCUGUGUGAUGGUAAAGUAAAACAUCAGCUAUCAAGACAAGCGAUUGUUCUCUUUGUGGUGGAAAAAAAAUCUUCACUUGAUUUUGAGCUGAGAAGAAAAGACAGCAGCAAUGAGGAGAAAGAACAAAAAACAAAUGCAAGCGACAAAUGUACACUUUGUUUAACAACAUGGGGUACACAUGUGAGAAUGUGUCCACACACGUUUAUACUUUUGAUAUCAUAUAAGCUAAAGACUAAGCAAUAACCAAACUCUGGACAAGGCGAUAAACUUGUAUCAGACAGCCAGAGAAGCAAUAAUAGACUGAAAGACUUUCAUUCAGCUCCCUGAUGGACUCACUUUCAAUGAAAUGAGAGCUGACGCAAGCCGAUACAAUUAUGUCUCAAAUGUUUUAAUGGUGUCGAAAUUAUCUAAUACAGGAAGGCUCCCUCUUCCUCAUUUUUUUUUUUUUAAAACUUUUUGUGUAAUUUCUUGUUCUCAAUGUUUUUCACUUGACUUCACUUGAAGACCAAAUUUCUUAAUUUUUUUCAUUUUUCCCACUUUGUUUGCCUUUCUAAAGAGACAUCUCUCUGUAGCAGUGCAGUGAACAUGCAGUGUAGUGCCCUAAGCUUCACUGAAGGAGUUGAUUUGUAUUGAAACUGUGAUUAUUAUAAUUUUUUUGGCAAGGUUAUUAUAGCUACGUAAAUGCUGCUUUUCCCUCGAGGCCCAAAAAAGACUGCUACAUCCCCAUCAGCCAAAACUGAAGGAAGGUGGUGUCUCGCUGAUUGAGUAAAGCACAACAGGUACAGCGGUCAGCUUGGUAGCUCCUUGCAUAUGUGGAUACAUCGAUCCAUAUUCCCUUUGUUUUAUAAGCACCUUCUUGUUAGAUGCUUUUACUACCUCCACAGGAACACAAAUUUGGAAACCUGUAAAAAUGAGGAUGUGGCUACAUAGGAUGGUCAAACUGUACAUUUGCCUGAGGUUUUUGUGUUAUUACCUUAAAUUUUUUUGCUGUGCUAGCUGACUAGAACAGGUACUAGUUAUGUAACAUAACAUGAUACUUUAGACAAAAAGAGGAAAGACUCAAGGCAUUUCAAAGUGCUGUACCUUCACACAGCAUGCUUGUAGUUCUUUAACUGAAAGGAAGAAUUUGGGUUUACCAAAGAGCGAACAGCACAAGAGAUGAUACACUACUGACUUUUCACUUUGAAUGCUGUCUCAAAAUGUAGCAUGGUGGUUAGUAGGAAUAUUUCACAUGAUCUCCUUAGCUUUUUGCUGUGAGAAAACUCUGGCUGUCACCAAAAUUAUGCUACACGUGUUGUUAAUAUCUCUAGCUUUUACUGUCAUGACCAUGGUGGUAUUCAUUUUGUACUUUUCUAGAAAAGAAAAAGAAAACAAGAAAAGAAAAAAUGUGAACCUAGCAAUACCAUGUUGUGCUGGAAGUUAAUCUUUCUUCAGUUGUCCAUAAGUGGCAAAUAAGUAGAACUGAUCUGCAACAAGCUGAUUUAUGUGUGCCGUGAAAUUCAGAUGACGUAUUCGAAAACUGCAAGAGAUGUGUAAUGUAAGCUUAGUUAGUCCUCUCAUAUCUGUGAAACAACUUGUAGAAGAGCAGUGUUUUUCCAAACCCAGUUGUGCGUUGGAAACAUGUAGUGUUGAUAUUUCUAUUACUGUAAGCAAUUUGUGGUAGAUUGCAUUUACUACCAACACUUGUGCCUUUGAACAAACCCCCGACCAGAGUUCUCCAUCUCUGAUCGCUAUAACGAAGAAAGAAAUAUGGAUGGCUCCGUUACUGGCCCUUUUAAUAUCUUCUCUGACUUCUCCCUCUCUUUUCUGAAUCUGGACUUUGAACUCGCUUUGUCAGCAGACAAAGAUUUGCACUUUAUUCCAAUUUUUCUUUGUUUCUCAUGAUGAAAAAACGUCACAAAAAGAUUGAAACACUAAGACUCAAUGCAAAUCUAUAGGAUUACCCAUUUUUGAUAAACUUUGUAAGAAUAAGAAGUAUUUCAAUUUCAUUUUCUUUUUCUGUGUGUGCGUGGGUGUGUGUGUGUGUGUGUGUGUGGUGGGAGGAAGUUAAAGAGAAGGACAGAGAAUGUUAGUUUGUGAAAGAAAAAGGUUUAUUUAUGUGGCUAUUUAUUGAAAUAAACUUCACUGCUUAAA